AUUAAGAGCAUCCGGACGUUCCACGGAGACAAAAAAAAAAAUAUUCUCUGCAUUCCGGACAUUUGAAUACUGGAAGAAAAGAGCAACACAUAUUCCUUGGAGCUGCUUAUUUAUUAACUGAGACAUAAAGGUCGCAGGAUCCCGCAGUUUCAUUUGGGUUGGUUUUCUCUAGCUUGAGAGGCAGAGCUGUGUUGGUUGGAGUCAGGAUUGUGUCCCUCUCUGGAUGCUGUAGUCUCUCUCGGAGUGGGUGGAGUGGAGAUGGCAGCAUGGAACCUGCCCAGACCAGCAGCUGCUGCUGCGCUUUCCAUCAGGCUCAGGAGAAAGGCAAUCCUGGCACAGGUCUUCAUAGUGGCCCUUGGGCUGCUCCUACAAGGGGAGGCUGAUGCGGCUUUGACUCUGAAUUGCUCAAACCCGAAUGCAGAAUCGCUCCUUAAGGCACUGGAGAUGAGCGUCUUCCAGAGAAAAGCUAUUCGUCCCGUUGUGAGCCUUCGGAGCCCGACACAGGUCAACGUGUCCUUCACUCUCUAUGCCAUCCUGGGAGUGGAUGAAAAGAUACAAACAAUGACAACCUUCAUCUGGCAAGUCCUGGAAUGGAACAUGGAGAUUGUUGAAUGGGAUCCUGUGCAGUGUGGCACUGACAAUAUCUCCAUCCCAAGUGAAAAUAUCUGGGUGCCGGAUAUCCUGAUCAAUGAAUUCAUGGAUGAAGACAGAUCACCCAAGACUCCAUACCUGUACCUGAAACACAAUGGCAAUGUGUACUACGACAUGCCUGUCCGAGUGGUCAGCUCCUGCACCAUGGACAUCUUCACCUUCCCUUUCGACGUGCAGAACUGCUCGCUCAGCUUUGGGUCCUACCUGCAUACAGAGAAUGAUGUGCGUGUGAGUCUGGGCAUGACAGCUGAAAAGACAUUGCAGACAUCGAAAGCCUUGAUGAAAACCAAAGGGGAGUGGGAGCUGGUAAACAUUGAAGCUCGUGGCAGCUUCCUCAGCACCAUCGACCUCGAAUAUGAUGAGGUUGUCUAUCAACUGAUCAUCAGGAGGAGACCCAAGCUCAGGCAUGCUGUUUUUGUGAUAGUGUCCCCUGUUUCUCUGCAGCUGAUCAUCAGGAGGAGACCCAAGCUCAGGCAUGCUGUUUUUGUGAUAGUGUCCCCUGUUUCUCUGCAGCUGAUCAUCAGGAGGAGACCCAAGCUCAGGCAUGCUGUUUUUGUGAUAGUGUCCCCUGUUUCUCUGCAGCUGAUCAUCAGGAGGAGACCCAAGCUCAGGCAUGCUGUUUUUGUGAUAGUGUCCCCUGUUUCUCUGCAGCUGAUCAUCAGGAGGAGACCCAAGCUCAGGCAUGCUGUUUUUGUGAUAGUGUCCCCUGUUUCUCUGCAGCUGAUCAUCAGGAGGAGACCCAAGCUCAGGCAUGCUGUUUUUGUGAUAGUGAUAGUGUCCCCUGUUUCUCUGCAGCUGAUCAUCAGGAGGAGACCCAAGCUCAGGCAUGCUGUUUUUGUGAUAGUGUCCCCUGUUUCUCUGCAGCUGAUCAUCAGGAGGAGACCCAAGCUCAGGCAUGCUGUUUUUGUGAUAGUGUCCCCUGUUUCUCUGCAGCUGAUCAUCAGGAGGAGACCCAAGCUCUAUGUGAUGAACCUCAUAGUUCCCAGCACCUUCCUCAUGAUGAUCGACCUCUGCAGCUUCUUACUGCCAGCACAGAAUGUGGACAGAGCCUCCUUCAAGAUGACCCUGAUCCUGGGCUACACUGUCUUCCUGCUCAUCAUGAACGACCUGCUCCCCAGCUCUGCUGAAACGCCUCUUAUCAGUUCCUACUUUGCCAUCAGCCUCUCACUGAUGGUGGCCAGUGUCCUGGAGACGGUGGCCAUCACCAACAUCCUGUACAGCUCCAGGCAGUACCCAGAAGUCCCGCACUGGGUGCGCAAGCUCAUCCUGCAGUGCAUGGCCCGUGUGGUCUGCUACUCGCCAAAGCUGACCCACUGGCCAGACACGAGCAAGAACACUGUAUCCCUGAAUCAUGCUUUUCAAGGCGCUGUUCAUGAAGUAAAAGACCCCAGGGAGGUGGAUCUGCAGGGCAAGCAGGCUGAUCUGCAGGGCAAGCAGGCUGAGCUGCAGCUGCAGAAGAUCAGCGAGGACCUGCAGUGCAUCAGGCAGUACCUGGACAGCCACUUCCAUAAGGGCGAGAACGAGGAAGUCUGGAUGGAAAUCGGGCACAUCCUGGACCGCUUCCUUUUUGGGCUUUACCUGUUCUUUUUAAUGGUCUCCUCCAUCGUCUUCAUUAUUAUCUGGGCUACGUGGCAGACAGCCUCCACUGACUGAGAAUAGUCAGAGCAAAGAUCCCAGUGAAGACCUCCUAGUAGACCGAGUCUGUCACAUGGACUAUAGUAGUUUAGUUUAAGAUAUGUUAUAAACAUCAUCAGUCACGUAUCAGGAUAUUAGACAGUUAUAAAAGGAGGUAGCAAUGCUGCAGUUGUAUAUAAUGUGUACUGAGAGAGCAGUAAUGCUUUGUCAUUCGAAAGUCAAAUAAAGAUA